ACAGAUUUCAUGAUGCAUGACAGAAAGGGGCCAUGACCGGGACACACUGCAGUGCAGGGUCAGAGUGAAGGAGCUGCAGAACGCCUACCACAAGGCACGGGAGGCAAAACGCUGCUCGGGUGCUGCACCCAUGAGCUGCCGGUUCUACAAAGAGCUGGAUGUGAUACUCGGUGGUGACCCCACCUCCACUGCGAAGACCACUGAGGAUAUUUUGGUGGCUCGCGUGCCAGUCGAGAGUGGACCGAGCCAGGAGGAGGAAAUCUUGGAUGAGGAUGUGGAGGGGGAGGGGGACCCAGAGGCAGAGGAUGACUCAGAGGCCAGAUAUGCAUGCAGGGAGCAGCGGUCAGAGCUUGGCAAAGCGCAAACAGGCGAGGAGGCUCCUGAGAUGACCCUGGGAGCCCAGCCUCCCUCUUUGUUAUCGCCGGCUGAACGGCUGCGCAGAAUUAGAAAGCGGCCAGGAAAAACUAAGGAGGACUUUCUGCGUGAGGUCAUGAUGCACUCCACGCUCCAGGCCAUUCUAGCUCUUCAAACCAAGCAGCUCCGCGCCCGCCCUCCCCUGCAGCCGCUGUUGCAAAACUCUUUCCCAUGCGCCCCCCAGACACCACCAACAGACUCUUAUUAACCUCCUGGCUCCAGUCCGUACCCGCAGCAUUCCACUCCU